CGAACCUUCCUUAUGCUAGGGACGACCUUUGCCUGAAAGUCGUUUUGUUAAUAUCAUAUCAGCAAAAGCGGAAAUCAGAAUCUAGUACCUCAACGACAAGACUAACGUUUUCAUGGUUAUUUUGUCGCAGAAUCUAUCGGAUAUAUCGCAUGAUGUACCGGCACCCACAUCUAACGUCUCUCCAAGGCUCUGUCGCGAACAGCAAGAUCUUAUCGACUUGAUUAUGGGCGGAAGCAAUGUCUUCUUCACCGGCUCAGCAGGCUGCGGCAAGUCCACCGUCUUAAAAGUUGUCGUUAAAGAGCUUCAAGCGAGACACAAAAAGGUUAACGUCGUUGCUCCCACCGGUCGUUCUGCGGUUCAAGUCAACAGCAUGUCGACUUGGUCUUACGUUGGACACCCGAUUUUCAUAAAUAUCCGCUAGAAAGAUUGAAAAAAGACGGAUUUCGCAACUUUGUUGCGGGUCGUCUGAGAGGUACUGAAGUUCCC